AUGUCGGCGCCUUCAAAACAACUAGCCCAAAAGCUUUCAACAAUCGCCGACGCCUGGGUGCGGGACCCAUUCCGACCCAACAUCCAACUCUCCACAUUCCUCAAAUCACUAGCGGACCACCCAAAGCUCACACCACAGGCUGUCCAAGCUGCACGCGCACUACAAAAGAAUGAAAUUAAGAAAGCGUAUCCGCUCUCAGACAAGAUGCUUCGCCCAGCUUCCAUGCCUCAGCACUACGAGCGCCUUCUAGAAGGAUACAAGAAAAGCCAACAAGGAAUCGGUAGACCCUGGUGGAAGGUGUUCUUUGGAAUUUGGUAA